AUGGGGUUGUUUGGCAGCAAAAAUCAGCUGAUGCCCAGUGAGAAACACACUUCUGGGGGCAACCCAAAAUCCAGGGGAAAACCUCCUCCUGCCCCACCCAAGGGGAGACAAGUUAUCAACAGCCCUCAUCUAAACCAAGCCUCUGCUCAAGAUCAGUUGUUUGUGGUCGCACUGUACGAUUUUCCUGCCUCCAGUGACCGUGACCUGGAGCUGGUCAAGGGGGAGAAACUCCAGGUCCUCUCCAACGAGGGGGACUGGUGGCUGGCAAAGUCCCUCAGCACUGGGAGGAAAGGCUACAUCCCCAGCAACUUCGUGGCACAAGUGGACACUUUGGAAGAGGAAAAGUGGUAUUUUAGAACUCUGAGCAGAAAAGAUGCUGAACGGCUGCUGUUGUCUUCUGGGAACAAAGUUGGCUCUUUCCUCGUCAGGGAGAGUGAAACCACCAAAGAUGCCUAUUCCCUGUCUGUGAGGGACAGCAACUCUGCCCAGGGGGAUGUCAUCAAACACUACAGGAUCCGCUCCCUGGAUGGUGGGGGGUACUACAUCUCCCCCAGGAUGACUUUCUCCAGCCUGCCAGAGCUCAUCCACCAUUACAGCCAGAAAGGGGAUGGGCUGUGCCAGCGCCUCACAGCCCCCUGCACAUCCCUGGUCCCCCAGAGACCCUGGGCUCAGGACGAGUGGGAGAUCCCUCGGGAGGCCCUGAAGCUGGUGAAGAAGCUGGGCAGUGGCCAGUUUGGGGAAGUGUGGAUGGGCUACUACAAGAAUAAUGUCAAGGUGGCAGUGAAGACCAUGAAGGAGGGCAGCAUGGAUCCUGACGCCUUCCUGGCAGAGGCAAACCUGAUGAAGAAGCUGCAGCACAACAAACUGGUGCGGUUGUACGCCGUGGUCACCAAGCAGCCCAUCUACAUUGUGACAGAGUACAUGGCCAAUGGGUGUUUGCUGGAUUUCCUGAAGACAGAAGAAGGAAGCCAGCUGAACCUCCCCAAACUCAUUGAUAUCUCUGCUCAGGUGGCAGAGGGCAUGGCCUACAUCGAGCGCAUGAACUUCAUCCACCGGGACCUCAGGGCUGCCAACAUCCUCGUCUCGGAGACUCUCUGCUGCAAAAUCGCUGAUUUUGGCCUGGCCAGGCUCAUUGAGAACGAGUACCUGGCUCAGGAAGGUGCCAAAUUUCCCAUCAAAUGGACAGCUCCAGAGGCCAUAAAUUACGGGGUUUUCACCAUCAAAUCUGACGUGUGGUCAUUCGGGAUCCUCCUGACAGAGAUCAUCACCUACGGCAGGAUCCCUUAUCCAGGAAUGACCAACCCCGAGGUGAUCCGCAACCUGGAGCGGGGUUACCGCAUGCCCUGCCCGGAGAUGUGUCCCGGGGAGCUCUACAUCAUCAUCCUCAAGUGCUGGCGCACCAACCCCGAGGAGCGCCCCACCUUCGAGUACCUGCAGUCGGUGCUCGAGGACUUCUACACCUCCACGGAGAAGCAGUACGAGCCCGAGCCGCAGCAGUGAAGGCUCCUGGGGACAGCAGGGGACAGCAGGGGACAGCGCUGCGGGACAGCCACCACCCUCCUGCCGUGCCGGAGUGAGGAGGGACAGGAGCCAGGAGGAUGCUGAGGUUGUCGCAGAGGAUGGAGAGGUGGCCGGGAGGGCUGUGCCCACCCGACAGGCAUCACGGAAGGGAAUUCCACCCGGAUGGAGAAAAGCCCCUCAGCUCCGAGAGAGGGUGGUAUGGGUGGAGAAUCCCUGUCCCCGCUCUGGUGGCACUGCUGGCGAUGCCACAUCCCCUCCGUGCCACGGGCA